AGUAUUAAUAGACUUUUAACAUUUUUAGUUUAAUUUGCUGUGUUAUAAAGUUAAGUUACAACUACAAAGUAUUAGAGAUGGGAAGUAAUGCACAGAUACUGAAAUUGUAUCUCUCCAAGUACAAAGAUGCAGAUUUAGCAAAAAAGGACAUUUUGGCAGUGUUCUCUCAGUAUAAAGACUUGAGACCAAGCCAUGGGCCAUUCAUAUUUAAUGAUGGUUCACGAAAAGAUCUGGUUAACUUGGAUGGGACGAUACCAAUAAAUUAUAGAGGUAAUAUUUUCAACAUUCCAAUCGGAAUAUUUCUUCUCGACACACAUCCGUACAACCCGCCUAUAGUCUAUAUAAAACCUACAAAUACCAUGGUGAUAAAACAAGGAAUAAAUGUAGAUGCAGACGGUAAAGUUGAUCUGCCAUAUCUGCAAGACUGGAAAUAUCCAGAUUCGGAUUUAUUAGGUUUAAUUCAACUAUUGUCGAUAGUGUUUGAAGAGGAACCCCCAGUUUUUGCAAGGUCGGCCAGUAGGCCACAACUUGAUAACGUCGCAAAACCACAAUACCCUUAUCAAGAAGACGCUGGACAUCAUUCAUGUGAAUCUACCACUGACAGAAGACUGCUUUGUUCUGAGUGUAGUUUAAAUCCGCCAGAAGUAACAAUCCAGCCAUGUGGACAUUUGGCUACUUGCGAAUCGUGUUGCCGACGUCUGAAGAAGAAGCACAACCAAUGUCCAAUUUGCAAUGGCCCAAUAGACAAUGUCGUGCGAUCUUUUGUGCCAGAGUGACUCAAAAACUUGCAUGAUUAAUUUUAACACUCUUAACAUUAUGCAAUAUGGAAAAGAAAUGUAUAGAACAUUUGUUUUGUAAUAUAGAUAGCAAGAA